AUGCAAGCCCAAAAAUCAAAACAGAUAUCCCUCAAGGGUUCAACAGCAGUUGUAACAGACUUCUUCAAAUUUGCGAUCAAUACCAUCUUGUAUCAACGAGGUGUCUAUCCAGCCGACGAUUUCCACCUAGUCAAGAAAUAUGGGCAGACUGUCAUGCUUACAGAGGAUGCCGCGCUCAUCAACUACCUCGACAAGAUCCUCAAACAAGUCAAUGAAUGGCUUCUAAAGGGAAAUGUCACUCAGUUGGUUCUCGUUCUGCUCUCGAAGGAUACCAGAACGCCGCUCGAACGAUGGGUCUUCACGGUCGACAUCAUCCGCUCAGACGACGAGAGCAUACCACUAGACGAUGCCAAACCGGAUGCUGACAUACAAAAGGAGAUCCGCCAUAUAAUUAAGCAAAUAGUCGCCUCUGUCACUUUUCUCCCAUUGGUCUAUGAGCCCAUGGUAUUCAACAUCCUGGUUUACACUCGGGAUAGCGCCGACGUUCCCGAGAAAGAGUGGCUAGACACCGACCCGCUAGCCAUAGAAGCGUCUAUGAGUCAACAGGUGAAGCUCCGCUCAUUUAGCACCGAUUAUCAUCGCAUUGGAGCGAUGGUGGACUAUCGAUACGACCCAGUUCCAAGCGUGGCUGAGAAGUGA